GGCGCGGCGGCCCGACGGUCUGGGCGGCGGCGGCGGCGGAGCGAGCGGCGGAGCGAGCUGCGCGGCGCCACCAUGGGGGCCCAGCUGAGCACGUUGGGCCGCGUGGUGCUCUCCCCAGUCUGGUUCCUCUACAGCCUGCUCAUGAGGCUGUUCCAGCGCCCCACCCCGGCCAUCACCCUCGAGAGCCCGGACAUCAAGUACGCGUUGCGGCUGAUCGACAAGGAGGUCGUCAGCCACAACACCCGGCGGUUUCGCUUCGCCCUGCCUUCACCCCAGCACAUCCUGGGCCUCCCUAUUGGCCAGCACAUCUACCUCUCGGCUCGAAUCGAUGGCAACCUGGUCAUCCGACCCUACACGCCCGUCUCCAGCGAUGACGACAAGGGCUUCGUGGACCUGGUCAUCAAGGUUUACUUUAAAGACACCCAUCCUAAGUUUCCUGCCGGAGGGAAGAUGUCGCAGUACCUGGAAAGCCUGAAUAUUGGAGACACCGUUGAGUUCCGGGGCCCGAACGGGCUGCUGGUCUACCUGGGCAAAGGGAAGUUUGCGAUCCGUCCAGACAAGAAGUCCAGUCCCGUCAUCAGAACAGUUAAGAGCGUCGGCAUGAUCGCGGGAGGAACGGGCAUCACCCCGAUGCUGCAGGUGAUCCGCGCCAUCCUGAAGGACCCAGACGACCACACCAUGUGCUACCUACUCUUCGCCAACCAGACCGAGGAGGACAUUCUGCUGCGGCCUGAGCUGGAGGAACUGAGGAACGAGCAUUCCGCCCGCUUCAAGCUCUGGUACACGGUGGACAAGGCCCCUGACGCCUGGGACUACAGCCAGGGCUUCGUGAACGAGGAGAUGAUCCGGGACCACCUGCCACCGCCGGAGGAGGAGCCGCUGGUGCUGAUGUGCGGCCCCCCACCCAUGAUCCAGUUCGCCUGCGUGCCAAACCUGGAGCGCGUGGGCCACCCCAAGGAGCGCUGCUUUGCCUUCUGAGGGCCAGGCACUGGCCACCCACCCGCCCCCCUCCUCACCCACCCCUUCAUGUUCCAUAACACCCUGCCCUGAUGUGCCUGCGCUGCACACCGGGCCCUGGAGCAGCCUGGGCUGUGUGUGCCCUCAGUGGUGGUGCCCCACAGGGCCCCACUGGCAGCAGGGAUCUGGGGUAGGUGGGUCACGGGCCCCCUUUAGGGCAGGUUCCGAUCUGGCCCUUACCAGAGAUGGUUCCCCUGUCCUUGUGACCGUUCCCGUCCCCACACCACAGGACUGAGGCUGCCAGCACCGCACAACCCCUCAAGGCCCCAGCAACCGGGCAGUAUCUGGAGACAAACAUCAACGUAUGGGCUGCCCCAGCCACUUCCUGCUGACCUUUUCUGCUGCCCCUUACUGCCAGCCUUAGGGCCCCGGGGACCCCGGCCACACCGGACCUCGGUGGGGCCUCAGCUCUGACACUACAUGAGAUGCCCUCUUGGAGAGGGGGUUCACGGGGGCUGAGAGGCUGUCCCCACCCCAUCCCACCCCAGGGCCCAGGUGGGUCCCGUCUGGCUCUCCUUGAGGCUGGAGUGGGAGUGGGUGCUGGGCAGGGCCUCCCUGGGCCGGCACGUGGGCCCUUCUGAAACCCAAGGCUGGGCCUGUCCCCUUGACACACCCACACCCAGGGCUGCCCUGGGAGCUCCAGCUGCCACCUCGUGGAGUGAAGGGGAUGGUUAAUCUGUGCUUUUGUCCCAGGCCCACCCCUCCUGCCCUCUCCCAGCGGGGGCAGGUUUUGAACAGUGCCUCUGGUCUGAGAAGUACAAGUGCUCGGUGGUCUCGACGUGGCCUUGUCUCUAGACAACAGUUGUAUUAGCUUCUUGCGUAUCAGCUUUUUCAGAGUCAUUUAUGAGCAGAAAAAAAAUUGAAGUAAAACUUUGCUUAUCUUAA